AUGUGGGGUGACAGCGAGAAGCCGGAUUCGCUGCUUCUCGGCUCGCGUCUAGCCGAUGGCGGCGCCAGCGGCAGCGGACGCCAUCUCCACCAUCACCAUCAUUUCCAUCAUCCCCAUCAGCAUUUCGGCAUUGGCACAAAGCCAUUCUAUCAUAUGAAUCGAAUUGCCGGCGGCGCGAGCUCAUCGACAAGCGCCUCGUCGUCGUCGACACAUCCGACGAUGCCGCUUCACAUCGGAAUCCCGUCGUCGUCGUCGCUUCAACACCAUCAGCGGCCGAGAACACCGCAAUCGUUGGUGAUGUGGAAAGGCGAGACGAGUCGAAAAAAGAGAUUCGCUCGAUUGGACGUCUGCACUUUUCGAAAUGUUGCGAAUCAAAUCGAAUUCUCCUAG